AUGGGCGGUAUCACCCUCAGAGGAGCAAUGGACAAUUUGUAUACGCCGGACGAACCUCCCCCCGAACACACCUCUCAUUACCACGAUCCAACCGGUUUUCAACCCCUGUACAGCCGGCUCAAUCACCAAAACACCGGCGUUUGGAGCGAAACGGCCGGAACUCAGCAGUCCCAGCAUCCCGUCCCCGGAGAAUUGAAUCACACCAGGUACGGUCACACGCCAGUCAAUCAGCAAGGCGGCAAUUUUUCUGUUGCCCCCGUGAACCUAGGAACUCGGACCGCCGCCUCGGUUCCGCGUGGGCCAGCCUUGGGUCAAGGACGACUAACUCACACCGCAUCAGAAACGUACUCUCAUCACGCCAACACCGGAAUCCAGUCGGGACAUUACGAGGCGAGGACCCAGGCGCCCCAGUCCAACACCGGAAUCCAGUCAGGGAAUUACGAGGCGAGCACCCAGGCGCCCCAUCUUCAGCAGCAGUCUGUGCAAUUCACACAAGGAACGCCUGCUACCACCUUCCGGCCUGAUCUUCAGAUCAACGAUCCCCACACGGCCCCACUACCUCCGGUUGUUGACCCGGCUCUCCCUCCUGUGCAUCCCCCCGCGGCAACCAUCAGGCCGGCGACCGGCGUGGGACGAACUCGGAAACCGAAGCGAUCUCCUGAGGAGAUGCGGAUUGCCCAGGUCGUUGCGGCCGAGAAACGUGCACGACGGUUUCAGAUGCAAGCUGAAAAGGCUGCCGAUGCACGUCAAAAGCAAGCCACUAAUGCCGCCAACAAGUUGAUCAAGGCGCAGAAGGCCGCAAGCGCGACCCCUCGUCCAACGUGGAAUGAAGAACAGACGCUCGAGCUGCUGAACUAUGUUAGGAUGGUGAAAGAGGAUCAUAGCCAGACUCGUGUGACCGGGGGGUUUAUUCCGUUUGGGAAGUACUUCGCCGCCUAUACUGGCCGGGAAGAUGCAUUCCCCCUCCUGGAGUCCAUCUCAACAGCAACCCGGCUGGCCAAAUACCGGGCCGUCAUGGAUAAAUGGAAGAGAGUGAAGGAUGUCGUUGACCGAUCCGGAGCCGGUGGUUUAUCAAGCGCUUUGGAGGCUGGCGGGGUGUCACUAGAGGUAUGGGAUUUGAUCCUCGACAUGCACGGCGAUAACCCAGCCGCGACGGGUGAUGGUUUGACGUCGUCCUAUGCAGAUUACGAAAGCCUACUGCAAGAAGAAGUCAUUUCAGAGACUUCAGAGGUGGACGGGUCAUCAUUCAGUGAUGACGCCGGGGCCGACAGCCCCCCGGCGACUCCAGCCGCCUCGAAGGGUAGACAAACCAAAUAUCAGCGCCUUUGUGCCGGGCUGACCCCUGCCGAACUGGCGCUCGACGCGGACUCGGACUCGGGUUCGGAUUUGCCAGAAGAGCUCGUACGGCGUCCUGAGGCUACGGUUCCGUCGGCGUCAACCCCAGUGGGACCCACUACCGUUCAUACUGUCCAGGCCGCCGUGGGCACCCCGGCCUCCACACCGGGAGGGGCUCGCAAGGGCUCCAAGGGGAAGGCAAAAUCCUCGACCUCAAAAGCCCUCAUCAGCUGGCCACCAGCCGAAGGUGGCAGUGUACCUCGUCGCCGCGGUCGAACAGAAGAGAAGGCCAAAGAAGAAGAUCACGCAGGGACUGGCAUGCUCGUAAUGAUGCACAAGGCUCAGGAAGCGAGCGCGGCGUGGGCUGCGGAGGACAGGCAGCAGCGUAUGGAGGAGCGCACGCGGCAGGACACCCUUCGUUCUGAGGAACGUCAGGAACGACAGGCGGAGUUGCGUAGUCUGGAGAGACUUCGAGGUCAGGAGUUGCAGGCGGCGGCGAAGAGGGCCGAGGAGAAGGAGGCCGAGCGAGCGGAGGCCGUCAGGCAGGCCGAUGAGGAUCGGCACCUACUUCGUCAACAGGCCAGGCUGGAUCGUGAGUUGGCCGAUCACCAGAUGCAGAUGGAUCGGCAAGCGGCUCAGCUGCGGGCAACUGAGGCCGCUGAGGAUCGCAAGCGCGAGCGGGAGGAGGCUGUUGCGCGGAAGGCCGAGGAGCGGAAACGCGAGGACGAACGAGAGGAGCGAGCGGAAAGACAGCAGCAAUCCCGGCAGCUCUUUGAAAUGGCCAUGCUUAAGGCCAUGGGCCUGUCAAUUGCGCUGCCUGAUGGGUCACCGAGGGCGGGCGGCUCUGGCGGGCAGGGCCCAUGA